AUGCCCAACGUGAUCGACGAAUUCUUCGGAUUCAUCAAUGAUGCACUGAAGAUCAACCUGGGUGGUGAUGGAGACAUCAAGAAGGAGGUCGAAGUGCAGAAAGAGCGCGCAGAUCGCUUUGAGAAGCUCCUCUUAGACAAAGAACGAUCCUUGGAGGUGACACCGUCGAGCCAGGUGUUCCUUAGAUCCCAGUCGGCGGACAGCAGUAGCAGCCAGAGGAGAUUAUCUCGCACCGAGUCAGUGAGCAGGUCCUCCAAACCCUCCAAGAAGCCCUCGUCGGACACUAAGUCAUCUUCGAGCAGCUCCACGUCGAGCAAAGGUCUUCGAAUUCAGCUGUGCGAUGGUCUCGACAACAAUGCCGUCCAAGUGAGCCAAGACAGUCCCAAGAAUGACUUCCAUGCUGCUCACAGAGACAUGAGGAGCCUCAAGAACUGCCUGCACGAAAGCUUCAAGGUAGCGCACCGCUUGUCCUCAAGAACCAACACGAUCUCGUCCGCCUCCUCGGAGCACUCGAACCAAUAUGUGGUUGAGCCCAUCGGUAUUCAUGCCUCCUUGUACGAUCCUCGGAAAGAAAGCUUCAACCAGUCGAAAGAGACUGCCAAGCUGAACAGGCAGAUCGGGAGUACGGCCGACGACUUGAUCAAGGCCUCCCUUAACUCGGUGAAGCUUCAUCGCGAGGACACGAUCUGA